GUCGACGUAACUGUAAUUCAUCCUCAGUCAGUCCGCCUGUGUGGCACGCAUCUAGAGAGGAGAGGAGAGCGCUUUGGCCAUGGAUCAAAAUCACAAACAAGACGAGCAUGGCGAUCUGUUCGCCGGCUUCAGCACGGCGUACAAAUCGUUCGCCACAGAGGCGAUCCACGUCGGUCAGGAGCCGGAGCAGUGGAAGUCCAUGGCUGUGGUGCCGCCGAUUUCACUGUCUACCACGUUCAAGCAGCUUGGACCAGGAAACCACGCUGGGUUUGAAUACAGCCGGAGUGGAAACCCUACAAGAAACUGUCUUGAGAAGGCCGUGGCUGCUUUGGAUGGCGGAAAGUAUUGUAUUGCUGUUGCCUCGGGGCUGGCAGCCACAGUGACCAUCACUCACAUGCUCAAGGUGGGUGAUGGAAUCGUCUGCAUGGACGACGUGUACGGAGGCACAAACCGCUACUUCCAAAGAAUUGCUGUUGAAUUUGGCCUGGAGGUGUGUUUUGUUGAUUGUACAAAACCAGCAGAGCUGAAGGCCGCUCUGAAGGCCAACACUAAACUGCUGUGGAUCGAGACGCCCACUAACCCCACGAUGAAGGUUGUUGACAUCGAGGCCUGUUCUGAGGUGGCCCAUGAAUACAACAAAGACAUAGUGGUGGUCGUGGACAACACCUUCAUGUCUGCCUACUUCCAGCGUCCCUUGGCUUUAGGAGCUGAUAUCUGCAUGUAUUCAGCAACCAAAUACAUGAACGGUCACAGUGACGUGGUGAUGGGUCUGGCUUCGAUGAACCGGGAUGAUCUGUAUGAGCGACUGAAGUUCCUGCAAAAUGCUCUGGGUUGUGUACCGUCUCCCUUCGACUGCUUCCUGUGUAACCGAGGACUGAAGACGCUACAUCUGCGGAUGGAGCGGCACUUCAAGAACGCCAUGGCUGCUGCCAAGUUUCUAGAGGCGGAUUCCAGGGUGGAGCGGGUUAUCUUCCCAGGCCUGCCCUCUCACCCUCAGCAUGAUGUGAUGAAGAGACAAUGCACCGGAUGUCCGGGGAUGAUCACCUUCUACAUCAAGGGGCAACUCGAGCACGCCAGCGCCUUCCUCAGUAACCUCAAAUUGUUUGCGAUAGCUGAGAGUCUCGGUGGCUAUGAGAGUUUAGCAGAACAUCCGGCGCUUAUGACCCAUGCAUCAGUGCCAGAAAAGGAGAGGGUUGUCCUGGGGAUCAGUGACACACUCAUCCGACUCUCUGUGGGUCUGGAGGAUGAGGUCGACAUCAUCGAAGACCUGGAGCAAGCGCUGUCUGCUGCUCAUCCAAAGAAGAAGUGAAAAUGUCUUCAGGGCACCCCCCGAGGCUGAGGUUGAAAUCAGUCGAAGGCGGGAUGAAGAGCGGAGGUACCUGAAGUCUCGAAUCGUCGCAGAUGAAUCAACGCUUGGGUAUCUCUGUUCAGCGCACAUACAGCAGAGAUUCAACUAUCAGGGAACAACUUGUUCUAGAAAAACAAAUCAUGCUAUCUGGGAUUAAUUAAUACGAUUUUUACAUGAGAAAUGUUUUCAUGCCUAUAUUACUAGAACAUCACUUGUAAUCUUAUUUAUCUUAUGCUGGGUUUGAUUUGUUUUUAUGUUUGUAUUUGUUUUGUUUGGAGGGCGAUGUGUGGACAAGACGGAUGCUUUAUAUUAUACAUUUCUACAGGAAAAAAUACCAAACACUGUAUUCCCGGUAUAAUCUUGCUUUAAAACUUGUACACUUCAGACUGAAUCCUAGUUUUGAUGCACACAACGGUAGCCAAAUGUCACUGCUCUGCAAAACUGCAGCUGUAAGCUGUAUUAAUAAUUUCAUUAUUCUAGCUGCCAUAGUUCCCUCUGUAAAAGAUGUAGACGCAUUAAUGACCUUUCAUUAGUCGGACUAACCAGACUGAUACAUGCGAAGCGAAUGCCGCCACCUUCUGUACAAAAGUCAAAAAUAUUUUCUCUUUACUGUCAGCAUCUGCUCAAAGAUUUUAGAGGCUUUCAGAACCAAUUAAAUAAUUUUAUGAAGAACAAACGAUACCUCCAUUCAAAAAUGAUUGAUAGAAAUGUAUGUAUGUGGUUACAGAAUAUUGAUAUGACUGAUGUUAUGCUUCCAGUGUAUGCUUUGUAAAGGGGAUAUUUGCCAAUAAAUGAGGGAGUGUUUGAAAA